AUGGACCUUCUCAAGGCGGAGCUGGAAAGGAAAAAGCAGCGCACAUCCGAGCUGGUCGCCAAAGCCGGGGGGGAGAAGGGGGGGAGACGGUUUGUCCGACGCGGAGAAGCAGCGAGGCUGGAGAAGGAGGAACGGCUGAAAAACCAGGCGGAUUUGAUAAGGUUGAGGGAAGAGAAGAAGCGCAAGCGCGAGGAAGAGGAGCGGAAAAAGGAGGAGGAGGAAGAGCGGCGAAAGAAGAGGUCAGCCCCGGUAUCAGUGAAGGAAAAGAAGAAGGCUUCUGACGCCGCCAAGGAGAAGGAGCGGGCGGCUGCGGCAGCCGCUGCAAACGAGGCAGCAGCCACCGCCCAGGAGGACGAGGUGCCGGCGAAAGAGGCGAAGGCCCGCCUCCGCGCAUUGUGCCUACCUAUCACGCUCUUCGGCGAGACCCAAGCUCAGCGUUCCGCGCGUCUCCUGCUGGCGGAGGAGGAUAAGGGGCACCACCAGGACGACUUUACCCUGGCGGAUGGGCACAACGUUAAUAACGAAUUUUUGGGGAACGUGAGCUCGGACCUGACGGGAAGCCACCUCGACGCCGCCACCGGCCGGAACGAUGAGACCGCGGCUGGCGAUGGUAAGGCGGGAGACGACUCAGAUGACGACGAUGACGACGACGACGAAACCGGAGCGGGUGCACGAGCAGCGCGGCAGGCAACAAGGACUGCGGGGGGGGGAGAGACUGGAGCGGCGGACAAGGGCGACGGGGUGGGUGGGGAGGGGGGAGCGGCCGCGGCGGCUGCGAGCGGAGGGGGCGCGGGAGGGGAGGAUGCUGCUGACAAGGAGGCGGGGCUGGACGGAGAGGUGAAGGAGAUGGAGCGGAAUAAGCUGGUGCGGACGUUCUUCAGGGGGCUGCUGAAGGAGUGGGAGAUGGACCUGAAUGCUAGGCCGGACCACGUCAAGCGCACGGUGCAGGGGAAGCUCGAGACCAAGACGCAGAAGCAGGCUAAGGACUACAUGCGCCCCCUGUUCAAGCUAUGCAAGCAGAAGGCGUUGCCCGACGGCAUCCUGAACAACCUCGUGACGAUGAUCAACUUCAUGAAGGAGGGCGAGUUCGUCCGCGCCAACGACAUAUACAUCCUCACCGCCAUUGGGAACGCCCCGUGGCCGAUCGGGCUCACCAUGGUGGGCAUCCACGAGCGAUCAGGUCGCGAGCGUAUCUCGUCAAAAAACGUGGCCCACAUCAUGAACAACGAGGCCCAGCGCAAGUAUUUGGUCUCGGUCAAACGGCUCAUGACCUAUUUGCAAGACAAGCGUCCCGACAUCGCCCCGAGUAAAAAGGUCCGUUGAUCAGCUGGAUUCCGGGCCUCUCCUACGUGUCCCAACGACGUGGCCACGGUAGCAGAAGUUGUGAAAGAGACACUUUGGAUGGCUGGCUCACCCUGUUGUGUUUCUCAGUAGAAAUGGCAGUUGCUGUGUCGACGCCACUGGAACCUUUGGGGUCGCUGCGAGUUCUGUUGGUUGCGCGGCAAGAGGUCGUGCGCAAUGAGCAAGGAGUGUGGUGUUCCCAGAUUUUAUUUUUGCUUGUAAAGGUUGGAUUGAAAUCAGACUCUGCAUCCAG